AGAGGGAAAAGGCGUAACGGUAAAGUUACCGAGCCGGUCUGAAAUGAGCGAGAUGGCACGGUUGUGACGGAACUCCGCGGAAAUGGCGGUUGUAGCGGUGUCUGUGUGCAUGCUGGUGGGGAUCGUGUUUAUUUGCGAGAUUGCGCGGAGAGCGACUCCGAAACUGCUCUCUGGGAAGAGGAGAGAUUGCGGAAUUUACGCGGCGGAGAUCAUUUCUACGGUUCAGCUGUGCGCAUGCGCUCACGAGUUAAAGCUGCUGUCGGAAGACGCGCCCGAAAUCGCCCUGAGCCUCACCUACGUUAUAACGGUGGUCCACGCGCUGACGUUCCGCGGCGCUACCGGUAACCCCACGGCGACGCUCGAGCGCUACUGGUGCGACUCUCUGGGCGGCGCAUGCGCACUGCGGAGGACCGCGUGCCAGUUCGCGGCGGCCGUGGCGGCGGCUUUGGCCAUGCGCCGCGCGUGGGCUUUCGGACUCUCGGACCUGCACGCGCGCCAUGAGCGGUCCGGCUUCACGUGCGCGAGCCCGAUCGCGAACGUGCAUCUGCUGCAAGCCGUGGCCGUGGAGCUCGCGUGCGCUUUUGUUGUGCACGCCGCGGCGACUUUCACGCGCGGUGUGGAAGAAAAGUACAGAGUGCACGCUGUAGCCGCCGUGAUCACUACAGUGGUGUAUGCAGGUGGCAGUACAACAGGAGCGGUGUUUAACCCGGCGCUGGCUUUCUCAGCACAGUUCCCCUGCAGUGGCAGCACGUUUGCAAAGAAUGGCCUCGUCUACUGGCUAGGACCAGUUUUAGGCAUGGCAUGCUCUCUCCUGCUGUUUAAUAAAGACAUUCUGGCUUUUACUGCAAAGAGCACAACUCACAAGGACCAGAACCUCCAUGCUGUCAAGAAGAAGAAGAGAAACUGAACAGAACUGGAAGCUUUAAAUGCUGGUUACUGUUUUAAAAUAUUGAUUUUUAGGACUAUAGCACAGGAAGGUAGCUGUUUUAGCAGUACCUGAAAUGGGGUUGGUUGAAAUGUCUGGAUGUCUUACAGACAUUUUGCAAUGGUGAGAAUGGUUAGGACAUAUUAAUAUAUAUAUAUAUAUAUAUAUAUUAAACAUCUCAACAUAGAUUUAAUCCAUUUAAUUGCUGCUAUUAUUUAGGAAUCUAGAGAAUACAGAAAAAAACUGGAGAUUAGUAGCACAAAUAACACACAACAGGUGUAAGAGACCAGACUUUGCAUGACUGUAAUCCAAGUUCUCAUAAUUUCAGCAUACAUCAUAGGAGGAAAGAUGAUAUACGGGUAUGAUGAGGUAAAUCAGAAAUAGUUACAUGAUUAUCAUUACACUAUAUCAAGACAGAUGAAGUCGUAAAAGCUUUAUUUCCAUGACUGACACCAUCAGAGAAAAGAAUGAUAUUUCUAAACUACUGAAGGCUCUAUUUUAAAUAAUAUUCAAAUAAUUUCACAGCUGCAGUUUUAUAAAGUGUUGAAUGUCGUCCUCUUUGAUAGUGACUACGUAUUAAUUGUACAAGUAAGCCAUAAGCAGAUACUGUGAAACAUUACAAAAUAUGCAAACAGAGUGAAUUUUUUCAUACCUAUCCAGUCUUAUUACAUGAUUUAAGUAUGUCACUAAAAAGUUUAUCUCUGUAAUGCAAUGCAACAUUCUUAAUUGGGCCGUGUUUCAACCAAGACGUCUUUAGAUUCGGCGCUAUUUUAGCUAACAAGUAAUUAUUCCGCAGAACUAUUCCUUAAAUAGUACUGACUAUUAAUUAUACGCACAUUAUUGCUGAGAUUUCUGGCCAGGGAUGAAGACUGCCAGUAGUUUGAGGUGAGAAAGUAUAGUGAAUAUCUAACAAAGCACAUUUCUAAUACCUCUGAUAUGUAACAACUGGACCAAGCUAAGUUAAUCAGUUCUAAUAUUAAUGCUAAUGAUAUCUUACAAUAAAUGAAUGGCAAUAAACAGCAAA